CACUACCCGAGCUCGAAGAAACUGCUUUCGGCAAGUCUUGCUCCCGCGUGUGACAUUCCUCUCGUAUGUGUUUCUUCUCUUUUAUGACCCUCACGACCCCAGUGUUCUGGCUUGAGAUCCCGCCACAACCCGGGGCCCCCAAGGCAUACACCAGUCGUGACGCUAUAUCCACGCACACAUUGAAUCCCGGUUCCCGUCCCUGUCUUAAGAAGGUGCUUCCACGCACUCGCUGGGGCCCCCCCAAUUUCCACAUGGACACGAUGACCUCCUGUUCUUGAUUUUAUUUUUCCUGCUCGCGCUAUCCUCUGUCCCAAUGAGAGUCAUGGAUCUCUGUCUGAUGACGCUGAUGUGUCCUGUCAGACCCUCUCUUCCCCACCAUCUGUCACCAUGGCGGAUCCUACCGAUCUGAACCUGGAUGCCCCCAGUGACUUACAGGAUAUUCCGGACAUGUCUAUGCAACUACUUCCCCCGCCAGAGGGGACAUAUCCUGAUAAGGCGACGCUUCUCGCAGCAGUGCAGGCACACGGAAAAGCUCAUGGGUACAACGUCGUAGUCAAGUCGUCCAGCACUCCCACGGAAAAGAAACCGGGGCGGACUGCCAAGGUCUGGUUGCGAUGCGAUCGCGGGGGCCACUAUCGCCCGCGCAACGGGCUCACUGAGGAGACUAGGAAGCGGCGGCGCACAUCCCGGUUGAUGGAUUGCCCGUUCAUGCUAGUUGCAGCUGGAACUCCUGGCAUUUGGACGCUGACUGUCCUGAACGCCACACACAACCACGGCCCGAUUGUCGAAAAGCCUCGGCAGGUCCCUCAUCACAAGGUCCGUAAGGGCCAGAUCGCAGCGGUACCGUACGAUUGGCCGCACGAUGCGACGCUGACCCCCUAUACGACGGCGUUAGUAAUUAUUGACAUGCAAAAGGACUUCUGUUUGCCGGGUGGAUACAUGAGCCUUCAGGGCUACGACAUAUCGGCUAAUCAGGCACUAAUUCCUAAACUACAACAUCUGCUGAAUGCAUUCCGUUCAUCCGGUUUUCCCAUAUACCACACUCGGGAAGGACAUCGGCCCGAUUUGUCGACGCUGUCUAGUAGAGAGGCCUACCGUUCACAAAACAAUGCUUCUGGCAUGGGGAUUGGAUCUCCCGGACCCCUAGGCCGUCUGCUGAUACGUGGCGAGGUGGGUCACGACACCGUUGACGAAUUGUACCCAGUCCACGGGGAACCGGUAAUCGACAAGCCAGGGCGGAGCGCGUUUGCACAUACCGACUUCGAACUCAUCCUCCGCAAUCGCGGCAUCAAGAACCUGGUGUUAGUAGGUGUAACGACCGAUGUGUGCGUUGCGACGACUAUGCGCGAGGCCAACGACCGGGGCUUUGACUGCGUGGUGCUGGAAGACGGAACUGCGGCCAGUGAGCCGUCCCUUCAUGUGAGUGCCAUUGAGUCAAUUAAGAUGGAGGGUGGUAUCUUCGGGGCAGUAGCCAGACUAGAGGACGUGAUGCAUGCAGUGGAGAACUUUAAAGCCGUGACUGUGAAGAAGCUGGCUCCGCAGAUGACGGUAUGAUAGGUGUCGUGGAGAUGGUCCAACUUUUGCCUUUUUUUUCUUUUACCUCUUUGCUACUCCUCGCCCACAGAGGCUUCUGACUUUAUCGGGAUCAACUCUGGGAUAUCAUUCAGCGCUGUCAACAUUGGAGGAACGUUCUGCCACCGGGAUAGAGAAGUCAUCAUCAGGACGGACAAGGACAAGAAAUAGUAACGAAGCUAUGAAUACGAUUUAUGGACAUGCA